AUGUGUUUCCAACCUACUUACGUCCAUGAGCACUGCCCCUGCAUAUACGACCAACGACCAAUAAUAUAUUGCGAUUCGCAAGGCGCGCCGUGCCACGUCAUCGAUCGUCAGACCGUGGCGGUGGACAAGCCGUGCGAUGAGCAUCCAGGAAGCGGCGCCACGCCGCUCGGUGUCGCCUGGUUCCGCCGCCAGGCCGACUUGGAGGACUACGAAGACGCUUACGAACCGGCGGGGAUGAAAUCCGAGUUAGAAAGUCUUCGGAAAAGCCAGGCUGAACGCCAGUAUCUGCAACAAGAGGCAACGACAGCCCAGCGGGGAAAAUCUGUGCCGCCGCCCACCGUGGUCGACCCUCGUCACGCCCAACAAGACAAAGAAAAGGGCACCCCAGACCCCGAGUCCGAGUCUCGAUUCGUGCUUGGAAAGUUGGCCCCUGUCGCAGAGGUUAUUGAACAUCAUCAGCAGAUGAGAGAUGACCAUUUGCUCAUCGAGCCCGAAUCUGGAUGCAGGCGAGUUACCAGCCAGCCGACGUACCAAUCUUCACAAGAUUUACACGGCCGGAAACCAAUGGCGGAGUCGUUUGGUUCUGGAGGCAACCGGUAUACGUCUCUUUUUUCGCGGGGCUGA